CCACCGAAUAUGGCGCGAGUCUUGUUUUUCGUUAGGUAUACCGGAUGAGGUAUGCCUCAUCUGGACCAUUAGAGGGGCCAGUUAAGGCAUGUCCUAUUGGCUUUAACCUAACCUCCACCGAAUCCGGUGCGACUCUUGUUUUUCGCUAGACAUGCCAGAUGAGGUAUGCCUCAUCUGGGCCUUAGACAAGCCAGAUAAGGUAUACCAUAUUGGGUAUAACCUAACCUCCACCGAAUUCGGCGCGAAUCUUAUUUUUCGAUAGGCAUGCCGGAUGAGAUAUGCCUCAUCUGAGCCUUAAAAGAGCCAGAUAAGGGUCCAUUUGCUAUGCCUAAUAGUAAUAAAUUUGGUUUAUAGUAAUGCUUCUAUAGAUGUAAAGCUAUCGAAAAUAUUAAUGGAAGAUCGAUGAUAUAAAAUCAUACAAUUUUUUACCAAUUGGCUCGAAUUUUCUAUCAAAUUAGUUGAUGUGUAGACUCUCUCAAAAAUUAUUAAUUUUUUAAUUACAUAGAAUUUAUAGAUAGAACCAUAGUUCUGACUGAGGACAUACUUUUAUUGCUAACAUUUCUUUUUAAUAUUAAAGUCAAAUGGUUAGUCAUGAGGAUGCACCUCAACUUCAAGCAGUCUUACAUGAACAAUUGUUGAACUGGCUUGACUGGCACCUCUAUCAUUCACUAUGUGUGGACGGUGAUAUCAAAUAUCGUAUUAUCAGUUCAGAAAAGGUGGCAAUUAUUGAGUUGCGACAUAAUAUUUGUGUGAACUCUUACUCUUCUUUUCAUUUCAUUAUCCCAAAAUGGAGUUGAAUAACAUUAAAUCUCAACGAAUACGCGAGCUGGCUCGAUUACGAAUGAGUGAACGCCGAAAAGUUCAAAAGGAUCAUGCCAGUGCGAAUCAGAGGAGACUUGAUAAAGAGUUGAUAGAUGACUUAUUAAGUGAUGAGGAAUCAAAUGAAUCGAAUGGAUUAUUUGCGGAUAAUGUCGAAUUGGAUUCUUCAAACAUAACCUCCAAGCGAAUUGCAGGUAUUCAUUCUGAUGAGGGGAUAAGUCACAGAAAGAGCAGAAGUGUCAGUGAAACAAGUGAUAAUUUUGAGAUAGAAAACGAAGACAGGAGUGAUUGUGAAAAUUUGGCUGAAAAUUUCUAUGACUGUGAAGAACGGGAUGACAUGUUGGAGAGAUCCAUUGGCAGCGAAAAUGAUAUUUGGGAGGCCAGUGUCGCAGAGGAAGAUUUUUCAGAUUUCGAUGAUGAAAUCGAAGCACCUGAAAUUGAUGAACUUCGUGAAUGGUCUCUUCAAGUUCCACCACUUCCUCACACUCGAGUGGAUGGUUUACUGAAAAUUUUGCGAAAAAGAUUAUUGCCUACACUGCCAGAUUGCUCCAAGGUUUUUCUUGAUACAACAAAUGCUGAAUAUAAGAUUCAAAAAUAUGUUGACAGUGAAUUUGUUUAUUUUGGAGUGGCCAAAACGCUGAUUAAAACUGUUAAUCCUUAUUUCCAUGGAACCAAUAUACUUCAUCUUACAAAUCCAAGGCAAUCACCAGCCUCGUUCUCCAGACCUAUUAAAGAUUUAGAUGAUGAUGGAUUGGAAGAUGAAAAAAAAGAUUUAAAGGAAAUCAUGAUCAUGUGUUGCCGACAAGUGCGUAUGAUUGGACACAAAAUAGAUCGUCUGAAGGGUCAAUUUGUAGAGAUGAAAAAUGAAAUAACUCAUCUAAGAAGUGCCCCCCAUCCAAGCCAAUUAAUCGAUGGAUUUGGUACAGAAUCAGAAGGAGAUGAGGCCAGAGAUGGAUUCAAACUACCGUGUCAGACUCUGGAAGAAUUGAGAGCUUUUGACAAGCAAUUGGAAGAGGAUAAGUCUUACAGGAAAAAAAUUUGCAUGAAGGUGCAUAAGUGCAUCAACAAAGAGCUUUCACUCUCGCGAAAUUUGGGCGUAGUUCUUCGCAAAUUUCUCACACAACAAGUGGGAAAUAAGAUGACCCCUUUGAAAAAGGUGCAGGGCAAAGAGCUGUUCAAGAAUCUGAAAUUUUAUGGUUGUCUUAUUGCUGUUUUUGGUUUAAAUUUUGGAUCUAAAAAAGAACCUUUGGAACGUAAGACUUUCAAUGUUGCAUUAAGUGGGGCUUUGAACAAUUCUGGAGACUGGGAUGGUGGACGAUCUCGUCGAGCUAAACGCACUAAGUUGAAGGAACCAAUCAAUCCAGAGUAUGGCGACGCAUUCAUGGCAGAGAUAUUAGCAGAAAAUGAGAUUGUUACAAACAGUCGAAGAGACGAAAGAAAUGGCGACUAGCUUUAUGGAAAAAAAACAACUGAAUUCGUCUAGGAAAGCCAUUUUAUCCAUUAAUAGUAGAAAUUCAUGUUAUUGAUGUUGAUGUUAGAAAAAGUUUAAAAAAAGAUUACGUUUUUAUUUUUCAAAGGAAGAAUGUUCAAAAAUAUAGGUUCUAAUCUGCAAUAAUGCUUUGCUAAUACGUACAUUUUCAUCAUAUAGUUUCAUUGAGAAAAAUGCAAAAAAUGGAAUGAAUGGAUUUAAUAAUACAAUUUUUUUCAUAUGAUA